AUGAUGGAUAGCUCUUCUUCCGACGGUGCUAUAGCAACUGCUUCAUCUGUUGGUUCAAACUCCGUGAGUAGUGGAAACGCCGAGCCAAAUCCAGAAGCUCUCUGCUUUUCUAGGGAGGGAAAUGUUUUUCAAGUUGGCCAGGUCUGGUCAUUUAGCAACGGUUACAAUCUCAUCCCUAGGUACUACGGUAGGAUUCAGAACAUCACUCUAAGUCGGGGAUUAGAACUACACGUAGGUCAGUUAAGGGCUAAGCCUUAUCAGAGGGAAGUCAUCCAGUGGGAUGACAAGAGAAGGCCUGUUGGUCGUGGAACUUUCUUGGUGAAUAAACGCUGUACAAUAUUCCCUCCAAGUCAUCUGUUACAUCAGAUAGUGUGUCAAACCUCCAUGGAUGGAAAUGAGUGUACCAUUCUGCCCAAGAUUGGUGACGUUUGGGCGAUUUACCAAAUUUGGGAUCCUAGCUACAAAGUCCGUGACUUGGAAGAUAACGUCUUCGACUUUGAGAUGGUGGAAAUUCUUGAUGACGCCUCUGACUUCAAGGUUUUAGCGUUGGAGUCCGUGUACCUUUGUAAUGAAGAUGGAGAGAAAAAAGAAGUUUUCAGAGCAGCCGAGAUUAGGCCCUCUUAUGCUUGUUCUGAUGAGGAUGGGCCGGGAGUGAUAUUUACAAUCAAAAAGGUCGAAAAUGCUCCGAUUCUCGCACUGGAUUCCUGCUUCCCGAGUAACCAAGAAGCUAAACGGAGAGUUGGAAGAGAUUUUUGA